AUGUCACCAACCAGUUCUCCCAAGGUGGAUGACCGGAUGUACGAGUACAUGCCAGCUGCAGACCUGCACUUUGAAAUGAUGAAGAGCCAGGUGGAGUGCCCUGAGCUCCAGCCAAUUGAUGUUGUGAUGCAUCCAGCAGUGCUUCCCAGCCGAAGAGGCUUGCAUCCAUGGUGCAAUUCAAAGAGCCAAUUGUUACCUAUAAAGCCGUACAUGGCAGUUGGCCUGGUUACUUGUGGGACUGCCUGUCUCCCAUGCUACCCAGAGUCUUUGGGAAUUGGAUGGCAUACACAGUUUAAUAGUAAUAAUAAUAAUAGCAGCAACAACAGCCAUGUUUUCCUGUCUUCUAGGUCUAAAUUAAAGACUACUGGAAAACUGUAUUCCCCUUUAUUAUCUCCAACUGAACAUUGUGUCAGCAAAGAAAUUAAAAAGAACGAGGAACUCAAUAUUUCUGGUAGAGAUCUCACACUGGCAGUUUCAGAAGUAGAUCUUCUGCCAGAAUGCCUGUCUGCUAAGCUACAGCUGGAGAAAGUAGAGAGCAAGAGAUUUGAUGAACAACUGCAGCAGUUAUUAGUUGAAGAUUCUGAGACACUUCAGGACACCUUGCCUCUGCCUCUUUAUCUUCCUGAAUCUCUAGUAUCUAUGCCCCAGAUUAUUCAGCCAUUCACCAGAAUUCCAAAAUCAAGAAGUCCAGAGGUUGGGACAGAAAGGAGAGACAUAGAUUCCUCUUUAUUUGGCAGACUGACAUUGCUGAAACAACUGAUUAAAGUUAAUAAAGAAGAAGAAACAGCUUGUGAAUUCCACAUGUCUGCUUUGCUAGACAUGGUAGAUGCUUGAUCAGCAUUUCCUUAAACUAGAACAAGAGAGCUGACGAUG